AUGGGGAAGAUUCAACUACCGGCAAUAAUCCACGUCGUAGCCGUACUUGUAUCGGCGAUAGUCAUAACUAUUCCGGCAACCGUCGUGGUGGCUGUCCCGUUAGGCCGCCUUGUCACGCCGGAAUUCUUCAACAAUAUUCGCAACAAAGCCGGCUCCAACUGCAAGGGAAAGCAUUUCUACACCCGGAGGGCGUUUCUCAAGGCUGCAAAGUCCUACCCUCGUUUCGGUCACCUCGAUUCCGUCGAGGAAUCCAAGCGCGAGAUUGCGGCCUUCUUCGCCCAUGUCUCCCACGAGACCGGAGACCUAUGCUACACGGAAGAAAUAGAACGAGGGACGUACUGCGACUCGUCGGCGGUAGCGAACCCGUGCGCUCCGGGGAGACAGUACUACGGCCGGGGCCCACUGCAGCUGUCGUGGAACUACAACUACGGGGAGUGCGGGAAGGCGAAUGGGUUCGACGGGCUGAGGAACCCGGACAUCGUGGCGAGGGACCCGGUGGUGACGUGGAAGUCGGCGCUGUGGUUCUGGUCGACGAGCGUCCGUCCGACGGAGAGAAAAGGGUUCGGGGAGACGAUCCACAAGAUCAACGGGAUGGAGUGCAACCACGGCAACACGGAUGAAGUGGAGGAUCGCGCAGGCACCGGCUGCAAGGGCAAGACCUUCUACACUCGCGCUGCCCUCCUCACCGCCGCACGCGCCUACCCUCGCUUCGGUAACCUCGACACCGCCCUCUGGUCCAAGCGCGAGAUCGCCGCCUUCUUCGCCCACGUCACCCACGAAACCGGACACUUUUGCUACGUGGAAGAAAUCGCGCGCAACACGUACUGCUCCCCGUCGAGCCAGUACCCGUGCGCUCCGGGGAAAAAGUACUACGGGCGUGGGCCCAUCCAGCUGACGUGGAACUACAACUACGGCGCGUGCGGGAAGGCCAACAACUUCGACGGGCUGAAGAAUCCGGACAUUGUGGCCAAGAACGCCGUGAUUGCCUGGAAGACGGGGCUGUGGUUCUGGAUGAAGAGCGUCCGUCCCGUUGUGAAGCAAGGGUUCGGUGCGACCAUCCGCCGCGUCAACGGCGGCGAGUGCAACGGCGGGAGCCCUGCGGCUGUGGCGGCGCGUGUGAAGUACUACAGGGCUUACUGCAGGUCCUUUGGGAUCACUCCUGGGCCCAAUAUCAGCUGCUAAUUAUUAUAUUAUUCAAACGCUACAGUAAUAUAAUGUAUGUGUAUGGUUGUUUCGUUUGGAAAAAAUACUCCGACGGGAGCUAGCUAGCUACAGGACUACAGGUAGCUAGUUUUCUCCUUAAACUAAAUAAUGGAGAAAUAAUGUAACUUGACUAUGAUGUGUAACAGUAAGUGGUGCAAGUUCCUAAUGUUUGUUAAAUUAUGUACAAUAAGCUUAUUAUUAAGCUACUUCAUGUG